UGUUAAGCAUAUCACCAGUCAGGGGUCCAAAGUAACAUCUUGUCUGUCAGGGGUGGAUAAAUGAUGUAAAGUGGACCGUUGAAUUAAAUCUUUGUUUUCACAAUGAAUUCUAUAACAAGUGCUGUGGUUAUUCUUGUGGCUGUUUACGGUCUAUGUAGCUGCGAUCAGACAAAUGUUGGAUGUGAUCCGGGUUGGUAUGCCACAGACACACAAUGCUAUUUUGUUGAACAAACGAAAUCAGUUACAAGAUCCCAGGCUGCUGUAGAUUGCGGGAACAAACAGGCAGACUUAUUUAAAUUUCAGGAUCCUGGUGAACUGACUUUUAUGCAAAAUACAAUUAAAGGAUUUAGUGGUGACGGUUUUUGGACGGAUUUAUCCGAUCUUAGAUUUGAUGGGUCAUUAACUGGCACUGGCAUAUGGCAAUGGGGGCAGUAUUUUCAGGUUGAUAACUCUACAAUUCCAUGGGAAGGUUAUCCAACAGCUGAGCCAUCUGAAUCAUGUGGAGCUAUGAAUGUUCAGGGAAAGUUUGUUAAUCUGGGAUGCAGCAGACGACUGGGUUACAUCUGUGAAAUAGACAACACUGCAGAUACUGGGUGUCCAGAAAAUUGGAUGCUUACCGACGACAACGGUUGCUUCUUCUUCAGUGACACAACAAAUGGAACUCAACUUUUGUCUUUUGUGGAUGCUCAGCGGGCAUGCGCAGCUAUGCCUGUUCCAGUCGGAAUUACAACAGCUGCUCAUUUGAUGACAGUAGAUUCACCUGAUGACGUAAACUAUUUACAAAAUCAGAUUCCUUACCUGACUCAAACAACAGUGAUGUACUGGACAGGAUUACAACGCAAAGGGUCGUCAUGGCAAUGGGCUAACAAUGAUCAAUUUAUUUCGAAAAAUGUAGUGUGGGCAGUGGAGCCAGAUCAUUUAGCAGGCAAUGAACAUUGUGGUAUAAUUAGAACUGAUGGAAAGUUUGCAGACACAGAUUGUACGAAGAAUUAUAACUAUAUUUGUGUAAAAGGAACAACAAUGGUUGAUCCAACCUAUUAUUUUGGUUGUGGUGGAUGGAACCGAGCUGGUCAUAAAUGUUAUAUAUUUUACGACUCUCCAAAAACUACUUGGUCUGAUGCUAGAACAAGAUGCCAAAGUAUUGGUUCAGACCUUUUAAAAGUAGAAAGUAUGGAUGAAAAGAGAUGGUUGGAGUGGGAAAUGUCAAUGACAGACACCCAUCCUAAUCUGUACUGGACAGGGCUAAAUGACCAAUCACAAGAGGGUGUUUAUAAAUGGGCUGAUUCAACCACAGCUGACUCGUCACUCAUUCGCUGGAAUCAAGAACCAAACGACUGGUUGGGAAAUGAAGAUUGUGCUUCAUUGAUGUGGUCUGGUAACUAUAACGAUAUGGAUUGUUCUUCACAAACAGGAUUUAUAUGUGAAUAUGUCAACUUGUUUUAUAAUACUGCCACUGCAGGUCCCAUCUGUCCAACAGGUAAAGGUUGGAUAAAUAUGCCAAAUACUAAAGAGUGUUAUUACUUCAGUCCACUCAACCAAACUCUCUCUUGGUCAGAAGCCAACGACUAUUGUCACAAGCAGAAGAUAGUUUCUACGACUAUACCUACCACACUUCUGGCUGUAAACAGUGCCCCAGAAAGGGAUUUCAUAGUAUCACAGCUGGCAACAAUUACGAAGAAUCCACCUAAAGGAUAUUGGACAUCAUUGACCGACAUGAACCAAGAAGGCCAGUGGAUGUUUUAUGAUAACUUCAAUAAUCCACCUAAUAUGAACGUUAUAAAUUGGGGUGGUGAACCAAGUGAUGAUGGAACAAAGAAUCAGGAUUGUACAUUUGUGUUAUAUGGAGGAAGAUAUUUUGACGUAAAUUGUAAAGCUAAAUUUGGUUUUAUAUGCCAGAAAUACGCUACAGGGUUAGCUGCUGUUUAUGGUGGUGUAUCAUCCGUUAAAACAGACGUCAUCACCAUGGUAACAGUGUUGCUCGUGACAUUGUUUGUGAAACGUUGUUUUUGAAAUCUCCGUCUAUAAAGAUGAUGACAAUGUGACUAUUUUUUCGUAUUGUGAAAAUGUGUAGAAUGUUAUGAGACCUGCCCUGUCUGGUAGAAUCUUGUGCGUUUUAGAUAAUAUAAACAUUAUGGCACAAUCAAUUUUGGCAAUACAAGAUACAUGCCUACCAAUACCGAACUCAUCUUAUAUAUAUAUAUGCAAAACAAAUAUUCAUUAAGAGAAUAAUCAUUUUUAACGUAUAAUUUUGUAGUCAAUAACAAGUUAUUAUCAGAAUCAUACCAUCAAUUGAUGUUGUAUAGACUAUACUUUCGUAUUAUGUUUAUUAUAAAAUCUUUAUAUAGUUUUAAUAUUUUUAUCAAAUUGUAGCCAGUAGGAGAAAUGAUUUUUUUCUUUUUAAUAAGCUAAUAUUGUAAGCGACAAUUCAAAAGAUUUUUACAACUAUACUUGAGUUUAUCCCCAAAAAAUAACGACAAAUGUACUUUCAAAUAAUUUUAUUAUACAUUUAUAUAUUUUUACAACAACACAUUAUUUAAUUAUCAUAUAUUACGUACAUGCAAUAUUAUGUGUGGAAUUGUUACAUGUGUAUUAGCAGACUUGGUCUAUGUGCGCUCUUAACAGAAAUUGUCUCUACAUCAUAUCAUCAUUUUGUUAUUAAAUUAUUGACAUCA